UCCAGUAACGCUGAUAUACUUAGAAGUCAUGUAACCGGAAAAACUUCUAGCAGCUUUUCGAAAAACUCAUCUUUCUGCUGUGAUAAAUUAUCUCAGUGUGCUGCUUUGGACCACAUUAUGGAGGAAGGCUAUGAACUUGACCUGACUUACAUUACGGAGCGGAUCAUCGCCGUCUCCUUCCCCACCAACUGUUCGGAGGAAACGUACCUACAUAACCUGCAAGAUGUAACCCGGAUGCUGAAAUCCAAACAUGGAGAUAACUACCUGGUACUGAACCUCUCCGAAAAGAGAUGUGAUCUUACGAAGCUUAACCCAAAGAUUAUGGAUGUGGGUUGGCCUGACUUGCAUGCUCCUCCUCUGGACAAAAUGUGUACAAUCUGCAAAGCCAAGGAGUCGUGGCUUAACAAUGAUCCUCAGCAUGUGGUGGUUAUUCACUGUCGGGGUGGAAAAGGAAGAAUUGGGGUUGUGAUAUCUUCUUAUAUGCACUUCACCAAUGUUUCAGCCAGUGCCGAUGAAGCCCUGGACAGAUUUGCAAUGAAGAAAUUUUUUGAUGAUAAAGUUUCAGCUUUAAUGCAGCCGUCCCAAAAAAGAUACGUUCAUUUCUUCAGUGGUCUCCUGUCAGGCUCUGUGAAAAUGAAUGCCACGCCACUCUUCUUGCAUUCGGUUAUUCUUCAUGGCAUCCCGAGCUUCGAUACUGGUGGAGCUUGCCGACCCUUUGUGAAAGUCUACCAGGCAAUGCAACCCGUUUAUACGUCAGGAAUAUACAACGUUGGGCCCGAGAAUCAAAGCCGAGUUUGCAUAGCCAUCGAACCUGCCCAGCUCCUCAAGGGAGAUAUCAUGUUGAAAUGUUACCACAAGAAGUACCGGUCUGCCACUCGUGAUGUCAUUUUCCGCCUGCAGUUCCAUACCGGCGCUGUUCAGGGAUAUAGACUGGUUUUUGGAAAAGAAGAUCUUGAUAAUGCCAACAAAGAUGACCGUUUUCCUGAUUAUGUGAAGAUUGAAUUGGUCUUUUCAGGAACGCCUGAGAAAAUACCAGGGUCUGAACAAAAUGACGACGGAGUGAUCGUGGACUACAAUACUGCAGAUCCACUGAUACGAUGGGAUUCCUAUGAAAUUAUGGCUCCUGAUGGGGAAGUGCUCCAUACCCCCGGCCCGAUCGACGGCAGCCUGUACGCUAAAGUGAGAAAGAACUGCUCCUCGGAUCCCAACAUCCCCGGCGGGGCCCCGGCCGUCCCCGCGCCCCACAGCCCCGACCCCAGUGACCACACGCUGUCCGUCAGCAGCGACUCUGGCCACUCCACCGCCUCGGUGCGGACGGACAAGACUGAAGAACGCCCGGCCCCGGGAGCCAAGAGGGGACUGAGCCCGCAGGAGAAGGCCGAGUUAGACCAGCUGCUCAGUGGCUUUGGGCUGGAUAACUCGGGGAGCCCCCUGAAGGACAUGACCGAUGCCCGGAGUAAGUACAGCGGGACGCGUCACGUAGUGCCGGCCCAGGUUCACGUCAACGGAGACGCCAAACUCAAGGACCGCGAGACCGACAUCCUGGACGACGAGAUGCCCAACCACGAUCUGCACAGCGUGGACAGCAUCGGGACCCUGUCCUCUUCGGAAGGCCAGCAGUCCAACCACCUCGGCAACUUUAGCUGCCACAAGAGCAGCCAGAACUCCCUGCUGUCGGAUGGAUUUGGGAGCCACACUGGGGAAGACCACCCGAGCACCCUGGCCCCCGACCUGGGCAUAAGUGUGGAUCCGAUCUUCGAGAGGCCGUUUGGAAAGGGGGAGCCCAAGCAGGCCCAGCCCCUCCAGCGGAACCCCUCCGACUCCUCCCAGGCGCAGACGUUCGGCCAGAGUAGCUACUCGACCCAAACGUGGGUUCGCCAACAGCAGAUGGUCACAGCGCAUCAGUACGGCUUUGCUCCAGAGAGCGAGGGGAGGUUUGGCCUCCCCGGCGCAGCAGAAUCCCCAAGCGGGGGGCCGGCUCCGGCCAGCGUCCCCAUCACGCCGGCCCGGGGGUCCAGCAGCCGAGAUGCCGUUCAGAGGGGCUUAGGCGGCCUUCCACCCCCCAGCGAAGCACCCCAGCAGCUCCACCCUGAAGGCUUCAAAUCCAGAUUAGGAGAGAAGGACACGAAUGGGGUGGAUUCGGAGUUGAAUACGGGAAUUUUGGCAGGGUCUCCAACCUUGGAUAUCGACCAGUCCAUCGAGCAGCUCAACAGAUUGAUCCUGGAACUCGAUCCAACUUUCGAGCCCAUCCCGACGCAUAUCAGUGCCUCUGCGAAACAGUCCAACGGCUCCUCAUCCCCCAGCAUAUCGGCGAGAGGAGGACUCCGGGGAAGCAGUCGGCUUCACGACAAGGGAGAAGUCAGUAGCCGGAAUCCCAGCAGGCAUGGUUCUACUGGAGACGAUCCGUCAGGUGGACGGAUGAGAAAGUUAAGCCUUGGACAGUAUGACAACGAUGGGCCCAGCCAAUCUCCCUACACCAAAUGUGUAUGGGGGAAUGUGGCGAUUAUCGAGCAGCCUACAGGUCCAGGAACAUUCAUUACUCCAGGAGAGACUAAAGAGAUCGUGGGGGCCGAUUAUCAGCAAACUCUCGAUGAGAUUGAUGGCGUGGUCUUCUCACCAACCGAGAAUGGAAAUGAACCAUGUUCACCCACUCCGGCAUUUCCUGUUUCACCAGGGACACCAUAUGUACAAGCUCCACAUUGUGCUCCCCUCAGUUCCACAGGGCCACAGAUAAGCAGGCCAACUGACUUAUUCCGAAGUGGACUUGAACCUCGAAGCUACCCAGAGAGUCUCAACCACAUCGUUGUGAUGUCUGACAGUCCCAUGGGAACAAACCCUGCUUUGUUUAAGGCUGAGAUUCCAUCAACUCCUGCCUGUCAGCGUUCCUUCACAUCUGCCUGCACAGCUUCAAACAGCGGCCCCAUUUCAAGGGAAGAGAGCCCUUCCUCUGCGGACCACCCUUGGCGGGAGAGCAGCCCCAAAUCCAAGGUUUCCCCUCAACCUUCAGUGACGGGGAGCAGCCGGACGACGGGAAGUUAUCUCGUGACGUCAGAGUUCGCCACACCGCUGCAGAGCGCUUCCCUCUUGACUCACUUCCCGUCUUCGGACCUGCCGGUUACCGCUUUGAACAAUCACGGGAGCAGACCAGCAGAGCAGCAAGAGGGACCUUUGGUCAAUAAAAAUGCCCGGGCCUAUUUAAACUUUGGUGGGCCUCCUAGCAUCGCCAAUGAGGAGAAGCCAGCCAGCUAUCUCACCAACAGCAAUGGAGCGCCUAAAAGCCCAGUCGUGGGAGGUGUCGACAAUGGUUUUGCAGCUCAGGGCUUUCUUCCGGUGGCCUCUGGCCAGAGCAGCCAGCACAGCCCCAUCCUGUCUCAUAUCGGGGUGAACCUGCAUUCCCAACCACCUCUUCCCGAGAAGAAGAGGACUUCUGAAGGGGACCGCUCCUUUAGCUCAGUCUCUCCAUCUUCGAGUGGCUUCUCCAGCCCCCACAGCGGAAGUACAAUCAGCAUCCCGUUUCCAAACGUCCUGCCAGACUUCCCCAAUGUUUUAGGGGCUUCACCCCUCCCAGAAAAUCCAUCCGAAAAGCAAGUAACCGUGAAAUUUGUCCAAGACACAUCCAAGUUCUGGUACAAGCCAGAUAUUUCAAGAGAGCAAGCCAUUGCUAUUCUAAAGGACAAGGAACCCGGGUCAUUCAUUGUUCGAGACAGCCACUCUUUCCGGGGGGCGUACGGCCUGGCGAUGAAGGUCGCCACACCCCCUCCUUCAGUCCUGCAGCAAAACAAGAAAGCUGGAGAUUUGGCCAAUGAACUUGUCAGGCAUUUUUUGAUUGAAUGUACCCCUAAGGGAGUGCGAUUGAAAGGGUGCCCGAAUGAGCCAUAUUUUGGGAGCUUGACAGCUUUGGUGUAUCAGCAUUCCAUCACUCCUUUGGCCUUGCCUUGCAAACUGCUCAUCCCAGACAGAGAUCCAAUAGAGACAAUGGCGGAAACGUCACCUCAGACUGCUGCAAAUUCUGCAGCCGAGCUGCUUAAACAGGGAGCUGCCUGCAACGUGUGGUACUUAAAUUCCGUGGAAAUGGAGUCUCUCACUGGUUUUCAAGCAGUCCAGAAAGCCCUGAGCCUGACACUGACGCAAGACCCCCCGCCCAUCUCUACCGUUGUCCAUUUCAAGGUGUCUGCCCAAGGAAUUACACUAACUGACAAUCAGCGAAAACUCUUCUUCCGAAGACACUAUCCAGUCAACACUGUCAUUUUCUGUGCUCUGGAUCCACAGGAUAGGAAGUGGAUCAAGGAUGGCCCUUCUGCUAAAGUGUUCGGGUUUGUGGCGAGGAAGCAAGGAAGCUUCACGGACAACGUGUGUCAUCUGUUUGCAGAGCAUGACCCAGAGCAGCCCGCCAGCGCCAUUGUGAACUUCGUGUCAAAGGUCAUGAUUGGGUCACAAAAGAAAAUCUGACAGGUUCGUCCCGCAAGCUCCAUUUGGCGCCCAUCACGGCCCCUUGAACUUGGUCGUGAAGAGUGGGGGGCAAGGUACUUGGAAUAAGCAAUUUACAUGACCCCCCUCCCCCCCAAACAGUCUCAAGGAGAAAAUGAGGACCUUCGAACCAUUUCCAAGGCCUACUGGCUUUUCUAAAAAGAGGCAUCCCAUCUACCAGAACAUCUGCACAUCUGGGAACAAAUCAAAAGAAAAGGAAGCAGAAUGCCGAGGACCGGCUAAGAGAUAAUCUUCAAAGGAAGCCCUUCUUCAGAGACUAAUAUUCCCUCAUUUAUCUUCAUCAGCAUUUCAGAAGGAAAAGGAAGAACGUUUGACCAGUUACUAAAUAUAGCAAAUGGCUUUUUUUAAGUUUCGCUUUUUUUCUUUUAAUAUGCUAGAAAUGCAUUGCAUUGCCUUACCGAGAUACUGUGUGAGCACCAGUGGUAGCUACGGCCGCCUCGGCUGUCUCAAAGCCUGGUGGUUUGUGUACAACCAUUUGCUCUUCCCGUCAUCUUUACAUGUCGAAGAUCAAAGUUGAAAUGAGAGGGCGAUGUACGUCUGACGAAGGUUAGCGUAGGUUGAUUCUCCAGGAAGGGAGUGGGCAUAAGGGAUGCGUUUUAUCUGGGUAUUUUAAGAACGCCCCAAGCCAACCGUGAGGAUGUGGAGGCCAUUCAGUUGUAGUUUAAGGGGAAGGUGAUUCCAAAGCAGCCGAUGGGAAAGUGAAGGCCUGAUAUUUUCACUCUUUUUGUCAUUACCGUGUAUGAAGAGUUGAGCGGGGAAGAAACUGUUUUAAUAAUAGGAGGAUCAAAAUGAGGGAAAAGCAAAAGAAAUUGAUUUUAUAUAAUUUAUAUUUUUGCCAGUGCGAGAUUAUUUAUAGUGGAAAUUGAUUCUUGCUCUAUUGUCUGACUAUUCUUGUCAAGCUUUGCAUUUUUUAGCAUUGGAUUCAGAUAGCUUCUUGCGUGCCCCUUGCAGUAGCACGCAAGGUAUUUCUCUGUGACUAGUGUCAGAGUGGUGAUAAAGUUACCCCCCGUUCCAUGUCUGAGAAGUAUUGAGGUAGCUUCUUGCUUAUAUCCAUGAGUUAUUUUUAAACUAUUUUGUUCAUUAUGUACGCUUUUUAUAGUUUGUAUGGAUAGCUUUUUUUGUUGUGGUUUCCUCGGCUAAUAGGUAUCCAAAAGGGAAAUGAAACCGUUUUGUUUGCCAAGAGGCCACGUCUUCCCUGAUGAGUAUUUUUCAUGACAGAAUAAGCUUGCCUAGGGCUCCUCUCACCUGCAUCAGUGCUCAUGCAUCUCUGUUUUAUCAUGCUGCUAAGUGGUACUCUUAGUUUUUUUAGCAGAAGGCUGCGAGGAAAGGACUUGUGACGUUUGGGGUUGGGGGAGGGAAAGGGUUGGGACGAGGGAAGAGAGGGAGGAAGAAGAGAGGGGGAAAGGAAUAGCGAAAGAGAAUUUUCCUUCAAAUUGCCGACUUUCUGGAAUGCUGAAUUCCUUCCUUUCGUUAGCUGCCUGGAUUGGAUGGGGUUGGAUUGAGUUGGUUAAAGUGUUGCCUACAACAUAAUUUACAAGCCAUUGUUUCUGUGGUUGGUUGGACUGAACCCAGUCAUAUCAUUGUAAACUGCAACCGGCGCCAGCCCUCUGGGAGGUACUGUGGCUGAAGAGAGUGGGAUCAAUAAGGCAAUGAGACUAAAAGAUCACAGUUCCUCCCCACCGUACCAUGGCGCUCAGAACCGGAAUAAUGUCUUCAAAUAAUCCAGUAACGUCCCCCAUAGAGCUUUGCUUCGUUUUGAUAUUUUUCCUUAUCUGCAAAAUCAAAGCUAUAUAUCUUAAUCAAGAAUCGUGGGCUGUCACUACCCGACGAGGUACGUUGGAUAUGUUGUUCGAACCUGAAGUGGGGAGAUUUGUACCUGAGUACAGUUGGUCUUGGAAGGGAUUUAAUGCAGUGGGCAUUGUGUACAUUUCCACACCUUAGGGACAUCAAAGCGUAACUCCUGUUGACGCAGCAAAGACAAGCACCUUAUUUUGGGGCCAGAUGCUUUCACAAUUCUGUCAGGCUUAUUAAUAGGCGAGUGUUUCGGUGGCAUCCCAAAAGAAGGAAGUGAGAUAACCCUGAUGCCUGCAAAACAGUGUUGGCAUCGAAUUAUGUGCACAUGCCAUUUCGGCAUUUCCACCUCAAGUGGAUGUGAGGCCUCUACUUACGGUGGACUAAAGCCAAAGCAUGAAGCGGGUUGGUGACUGGAAGUUCAGGCUCACACAAAAAUAGGUUAAUUUAGGAGCCACAAAGGGUCAAGGCUAGAUGUUUUCCUGAGAAUCAUGUCGAUAGUCAUAUUUUCAAAAGGGGGGACACAGAUUUCCAUUUUUGAAAUGGUGAUAUUGUCCUUGGCCAUGCUUGAUAAGAAAGAUGCAUAUUAAACCGUGAAAGCCACAGAUUUCCGGCCGGCUGCUCCCCGGCACGCGUCUGGGAGGAAGCAUGGCUAAAAGUCGAUAAAACACCACUGGUCUCCCUCUUAAGAGAGAAAGGGUGGCUGUUGUUCAUUAUUUCUUGAAAUGUUCUUCUAACACGUUAUAUGGUAUGUUACUCCUUGCUUGAAAAAAAGAAUGAAUUGUACAUAUAGAAGAAAGACCAUAUGACAUGUUUGGUGUAUCCAAAAAAUCAUAUUCACAUAACUUUAAUUUCCUGAAAGAACCAUGGUUAAAUAGUUAACACAGCACUUUUCUUCACAAGUUGUUGUUUUAUGUGUAUAUGCAGUCACUCGAAGUAAAUGCCAGUAAGGUCACAAUAGCUAAUUGCCAUGUGUAUUUAGCUAGACUCCUAUUAAUCUGCUUAUUAAUUGUACUGCUAUAAUCUUCCAGUGUUAAACUAUGGAAAUGUAAAAGCCAAGCUUUUAUCAGAUGGUUCCAGUGUACCCUCAAUAUCAUUGACAUGUUAUCGUUUCCUUAUCUACUUAACUUUUAGUGAACAUUUUUGCCUUUUCUUGACACUGUAAAAAAAAAAAGUGUAUCCAGUAUGUAAAUGAAUGUUCUAUAAAAUUCUUUGUAUAGUCAUUCUCUCUUCUCUUUAAAUAUCAUCUCUAUUCAGAUUAUAAUAAAAUUACAAAUUUGAUAAAUCUCA